AUGAGGGAUGAAUCAAAGGACAUAGGAGCCAUAGAGGCAUCAGCAGGCUGUGGCUGUAAUGAGGAAGAUACUGAGCAGAUAAAAAGGAGGAAGAGACUCCAUGAAAUGGAAGAUACUGAUUUACUCACAGCUGGACAGUACCAGACCAUACAGUGGCAGGAACUGUGGACAGAUAAAAUUACUCUUGAUAAGGAGGAAGUACCAUUGUUAACCUCAGAUAAAUUGAUCUCAAUCUCCCAUUUCUAUAAAGCAGGAACACUCCUCUUGUUACUGGUCUUAAAUUUGCAUCUGUGUGAGAAUGUUGCCUCUUUGCCUGUGAAUGUCCGCGGAACUGGAAAUAAUCAAGUCUACCUCCAGGACCUGUUCAAUCAUGCCAUCAGGCUGUCUUAUAACAUCAGUGAACUCAAUAGGGAAAUGCGCAAGAUGUUUAUGUUAGAGUUGAACAAGGAUGAGAAGAAUAUGCUCAAGAUGCUUGACAGCUGCCACUCUCCUCCCAUCAACACCCCCAAGACAAUACAGGAAUCCCGAAAGUUAUCAGUUCAUCCUGGCAUUGAACAUGACUAUGCUGAAUGGUCAGAUUUGAAGUCUUUGCAAGCAGCUGAUGAAGAAACUUGCCUCUCUUCAUUAUUUAAAUUGUCCUUCUGCUUGGCAAUUGACACAUACAUGGUUGACCUUAAUCUUAAAUACCUGAUAUCAGGGGCACUUCUGCUGCUGGUGGUGCCAAACCUCCUUUUAUGGGAGAACGUGGCCUCUGUGCCUUUGAGUACUAAUGAGACUGAUGAUGAUAACCUAUACCUCGAAGAAUUAUUUGAUCAUGCCAUGAUCCUCUUGCACAAUAUCAGUAAGCUCAACAUUGAAAUGCGUAAAAUAUAUAUGCUUGAGUAUUUUGAGGAUCAGGAGUUUCUGGUCAAGACUCUUACUUGCUGCCACAAUUACACCAUCAAAACACCAAAAAACAUGGAUGCAAUCCAAAAGAUCUCUGUAGAAGAUUUUCCAAAACUGAUACUCAGUAGAGUACAGGCUUGGAAUGACACUCUUCACAACCUCCUGACCAUACUUGAAAGUACUCCGGGAACACACGAUGCUGUCCUAUCAAUAGCCAGAGACAUUAGGACAAAAAAUGCAGAACUUUUUGAGGCCAGCAAGAAAAUACUCAACAAGAUUUAUGGAAAAAUAGAAAUUGUAGAUCAUGCUGUCCUGACGGGUCUUGAAGACUUCCAAUCAUCUGAUGAAGACUUUCGGCUAUUUGCUCUGUGUAAAUUAUCUUAUUGCUUACGUCAAGACAUGAAUAUGGUUAACAUUUAUCUUCAGCUCUUGAGUUGUGUGAUGCUUGUUAAAAGUGACGUGUGCUUAUACCCCCAAAUUAGAGAUAACUCAUGA